GCGACGGUCUGAACUCGCAUCGAAGUUGAGAUAUGACGAUAGCGAGCAACAUUGUCGUCGAGUGGCUGAGGUCGCUCCACCUCGGUCAGUACUCGGAGUCCUUCAUCGACAACGGCUACGACGAUCUCGAGAUAUGCAAGCAGAUCGGGGACCCGGACCUCGACGCCAUCGGCGUCUUCACCCAGGCCCACAGGACCCGGCUGCUGCAGUCGGUGAAGACCCUGAGGGAGGAGGGAGCGGCGAGCGUCUACUUCACCCUCGAGGAGACGAGCGACUGCCUCUGCAGCGACAACCUCAGCUCGAAGUCGUCGAGGACCUCCUCCGAACGCCCCCCCAGCGAGAAGGACGGGCAGCUGCAGCGCGCCUCUCCCACCGCAAGCUCCUCCAGCGGGGGGCAGGAACUCGCCAAGUUCAACGACGAGUACGAGGAGGGCAAGGCCGAGCUCGUCAGGAUACCCAGAAUACAGCUGAGGCUGCUCAUUCAGGAAAAACUCAGGCACGACGGCAUUCGACUCGCCUCCCAGCCCUACACCACACCGGAGGGCGAGCGAGGGUAUUUAGAGGGCCUCGCUUCGAGGUACGCAGACCUCUUCAGAACGCAUUACGGUGACGUUCUGGAACCACUCGAGGAGCUGCGACGCCGAGAAACUAACGUAUCCCCCAGAAUGGCCAACACUCAGCUCACCACAAGUCAUUCACAACCCAUUUACGUGCCCGGAAAAUACUCGGAAAAAAAGCCCUCGAGCUGCCUCAGUGACAAGGAAGAGGAUGAGAUAUACGGCUUCGGUUACGGAGUCUUCGGACGUCAAAUGCUGCAGCAGAGGCAGCAAAAACUUGCGCUUGCAACGCAAAACACAACGCCAACUGGCAAUCAACAAACCUACCAAAGCUGCCUCAGUCCGAGAUCGGCCUUCUUCUACGAAUUUCCACCAAACGAUCAGGGCCAGAACACGAGCAAGAAGAAAACAACGUUCUCAAGGCUGCUUCGGGGGCUGAAAACCCAUAGGAAGGAGAAACACGGUCAGCCACAGGGAUCGCCGAGACACGGACGGACGCGGAUGGGCGUUCCUCAAAGAGUCGAUACACCGGACAGUGUUUUGCAAAGUGGACUUGGACUAGGACCGGAAAUGGGACAUACGAUUCUCCGGUCGAUGGUCGACCCCAGAGACUACGACCGGCUGAGGUAUCUCCAGAUGAACGGCGGUCAGCCAAACAGUUUCGAAGAAACAAUUCACAGGCUCAAGGUCCAGGAGGCGCUGAGGAAAAAGGAGAAAUUUCACAAGGAGCAUGAAGAAAUACUGAGGGACAUCCGGCAAGGUUUAAUGCAGCUAGGACGGGAUGGACGAGGUCAGCUCCCAGGAGACGACACGUACAUGUACGACGAGGACGCCAGAUGUGGGGCGGCGGGGGCCGGGGGUCCAGGGCCAGUCCCGGGGGGGCCGGCCGGGCCCCCGGGGCAUCACUGGUACGACGAACCGCCCUACGAGUCCGAUCCUGAGGACUUCCUGAUGGGGGCAACCGGGGGUCCAGUGCCGACGGCGACGAUCCAGAACGGAAGAGUCUGCUUCACGCUGAAUCUUCGCCCUGAGAACAGGGGCGAGGGGGUUAUCUCGCUACGUACCGCCGGGGACAUCAGUCUCCCUCGGGACCGAUCUCGGAAACCUCACGCGAUGUCGACCAUGCGGGGACUCAUACUUCCUCAGGGGCACAACAACCCUCCGACAAUCAUACCCCUGACGCAUUCGCGAGCCUCGAGAGAAAGCGGCGACUACGCCAGCAGUGACGUACAGAGCCGCAGUAGCGGGGAGGAGGGAAUUUCCCCGAGCCAAAGCAGCGACUACGAGGAUCAAGAAGAGAUCGAAAGUCAACAUUUGGCCGCUGUUCACACAUCGGAGGCGAGUGCUCUUCUGGAAAGCGACGCUCGGGCCGGAAUCGCUGGUCGAGCCAGGAACCUGAGGCACGACGUUCAACGCAAGAUAUCCCGGCUCCGCCAAGACAGAGCUUCGUCCGAAGCUUUUCCCUGCAGCGCGAGCAGCGUGGAAAGCCUUCCGAGUGGCAGCGGUUCCAGCACUCAGGCGCUGGUAAGAGCUGGCAGCAAUCACAGCUCGAUUUCCUGCGAGGAAAGGGAGACGGUCAGCCCUUCCUCGAUCGGGCCCGUUCUUUGCAGGGCCCGAGCCCUCGUCGACUACACGCCGAGUCCCUACGACAAGGAUGCCCUCAAGUUCAAGAAGGGGGACGUUAUCGACGUCGUUCAGAUGAACACCAGCGGUUUGUGGCGGGGCGUCGCUCACAAUCGCCUUGGACACUUCAAGUUCAUAAACGUCGAAAUCCUGAACGAGAGGGUACAGCGGCGCGGUGAACCUGAACGGGGAAAAUGGGGUCACAGGUACCGGCAGAAGCCCGGAUCCGUCGAGGAGCUGCUCCAGAGAAUGAAUCUUCAGGAACACAUUUCCGUAUUCGUCCUCAACGGCUACGAGGACUUGGAGCUCUUCAGGGAACUCGAACCGGCGGACCUCGAUUACCUCGGUAUCCAGCAGCCGGAGCACCGGGCGAAGAUUCUGACGGCGGUCCAACUGCUCCACGACCUUCACUCCGGAAGCGAAGGGGACCUGGCGUCCAGUUCCGAAGGGGACGACAUGACCCGACUGGCGUUAAGCUCGGGUCAGACUUCCGGACACUGUUCGCCGUUCAGCCGUCGACAGUUCCCGCGGGAUUCCGGCUGCUACGACGCCCACAAGAACUCGAAUCGUCGAGGGACGUCGGAGAGUCCCGAGAGCAAGAAGCUCUCCCGUGAGAACAAUCUCGACCUGAACGCCGGGCCGCAGGUCAAGGGCGGCGAUAUCGCGGGGGGCAUAAUCGAAGCGAAGAGCGACAACUUCCUGCCCAACAUCCCCGUCUCGGGGAGCAACCCCGGGGGGGCCGGAGUGGGGGGCGCUCACGGUCAGUUCGAGCGGCCGGUUCUGAGGGGCGGCAACGUCAGGUUCGUCGCGAAGCGUGCCAACUGCCCCCCGAACUUCGCCGAUCCCAGCGUCGUGAUCGAGGACUCGUGCGAGGGCAGCCACAAGCUGAGCAUGGUCAAGUACGUGGUGGGGGGAAGCUCGGACCUCGGACUCGGAUGCGAGAGCGGAAACGCAUCGGCAAGCCUCGGGCAGCGUGGCUGCUUGAGCGAAAAGUCGAGCGACUCGGGGGUCAGCUCGUCCAGCUUGAGCUCGGCGCCGCCCCCCAGGGACAAGGCCCUAGCCGCCACGGCGGUCACCGAAUCCCCGACGAAGACCUUCAGCAACUUCAACCGCGGCUCGCCGACCUCCCAAGGAUCCGCCGGCAAGAGUCAGCACGGCGAGACACCCGGGUACCGGUGAACUCCUCGUUCACUAGCCAGUUACUUACAUGCCUCUUAUAUUUUCCUAAUUCUCGCUCAAGGUAAGUCUACCGGUUAUUCAUCCUGUCCCAAUUAUUGACCGUUUUCUUUUUUUAUUCGCCAUAUCUGUUUCAUCCUUAGUUGUAAAAUUACGAAAGAAUAACAUUACACCGUCUAACCUUCUAGAAAUUGGUCCCGUGGAUUUAUAAUUUUGGAAAAUAAAAGAGUCAAUUAUUGGGGCUAAAUUGUGUCAAUAACUGGUACACUUGUCUUACUUAUGUUUUCACUGCCGCCAGGCAGGCCUCGUUCGAGGUAGCGUCGACUCGAUCUGUUUAUAGAGGUAGAAGCAAUCUUUUUCAAUUGAAUUUGAUUUUUGAUUCCAAGCGAGCUAAUUCGUAUCUUCUGAUGCAUACGUCAACCAAAUACCGGGUAGAAAAUUGAAGCGGUAAAUAUUUGAAAGAAUUUAAACGACGAACCGGAGGACAGAGAAUGAUUUUGAAGGAGAGCUCCCAAUUAGUAUUUACCUGCCGAUCUUUGUUGUUGGCCAAUCACUCCUUUCAGCUUAUUACAAGCACGGCCAGUUCGAGUAUUUUUAUUCGAAGACCCACAUCGACGCGUUUCAUCAUCCGCCUCGUCAAGAGUCUGGCCGCGAGUUAAUUCCAAUUAAAUCUGACCAUUAUCUCUAACCGGUAAUAACUGCAGCUGUGCGUGCGUAAAUUGGAUGGCUCCUCUAUCACUGUUGCCGGUUUCACUGGUUCAAUCGAGAUUGGUUCGGCUUUCGGUAUCGGUAUUUUCACUGCUUCGUUGCGAACGGAGCGUGAGAGAGGGAGAGAGAACGAUGAAAAAAAGUGAACGGAAACUCGGGCGGAAGAGAGAAACAACGUAAAAAAAAUUUCUGAUAAAAAAUCGGAACAAUUUUGAGCGAGGUCUCAGUCUUUAAUAGUAGUUGUACGUGGUAUAAUCAACGACCGACAAUCCCCCAUCAAAAUAUGAAAUUACAUAUAAUAAGUGAUGUACCUUAGAUACUCUGUUCGUUAAAACUACGACUACGUAGGUAUAUUGACGAUCUAUCGCGAAUUCGCGAUUUUAGUAAAUGUAUAUAUAUAUAUACUUGAAUGUAUUAUUAAUACUGAUGAUGACGAUGAUUGCACGCUGAUGAUGAUCGAAGAAGGGUAUUUUGGAGCUUCAAAAGAUUAACAAGGUUGAAUUCAAAUGACGCAAGAACUGCGAUAUUUCGUUGUAAAUAUUGUAUAAUUUUUAAUAUCAAUUUGGAAAAUGUUUUGUAUUAAGAAAAAAAAAAAAAAAACAUGUAUGCACGUACGUAUGUACAUACAUGCAUACAUUACAUACAUAAUACCCUUGCCAAAACUUAAUACGAGAUAAUUACAUACUUAUUAAGCGAUGAAUGAUAAUAUGAAUAACGAUAAUAACCGUAAUCACGUUGGAUCCCCUGUAUAUCUUUGUAUAGUGUAAAUGAUAGAUAAAUAUCACAUUUGUAGAGAGAGAAUGAGAGUUAGAAAGUUGAAGAGAGGACUCGGAACGGUGUGUUAAUCACAGAUAUACGAUGUAUACCUACAAUAUGUACUUGAAUCAUACAAAGGUAUACGACACUGUCCGAACUCUCUCCCUCUGUGCUUGUGCGCGCAUGUGUAAAUUAUUGUUAAAAACUUAUCUUCCGUUUCCUUAUCAUCGUUAUUAGUAUUUUGCGUUUAUCAUUCUUCAUAGACGAGCGCGUGGAUCUGAAAAUCCCGUGCUAUUAAACUGAAAAUCAAUGAACACACUUUACGUAGAAAUAAAUAUAAGAAAUAAAGUAAGCUGCAUGCUCAUCCCAAUUCUAUUCGCAAUCUUUCGUAGAAAUUAUCAUCAUUAUGCUUUUCAACUGUGGCAACAUUGAAUUUAAAUUGUAAAUGAAUUACUUUUUCUUCUUCUUCUUUUUUUUUUUUUUACCUAUUUUAAACCUCAUUUCCGUGUACAAUUUGUCGAUUUCUUCCGUCGAUAAAUUACACACAUAUAUAUAUAU